UAACAAGGGAAUAAAUCAUUAGUAUUACUGCCAAACCACUGGUCCCAGAUCAGCCCACACCUACAAAUUGGCCCCGCCCCCCGUUUGGAAAUGGAAUGCUUAUGAUCCUGUGAUUGACACUGACGGAGAACCAAUGAGAGCGCGAGUUUACGUGUCGUAGCCAACAGUAAAUAUCCAGUGUUCUGCAGCAUAAGUUUUCACUCCGGACACAAGCUCGAGCCAUCGAGGCUUGCACCUUACUGCUGCUCGUAGUGCUUCGGGAAACAUGCUGUCAAAGUGCGAGAACAUCCGCGAUGCUCUGGAGUUUCUCGUAACCGUUUUCUGGAUCACUUUUAGCGUUUUUUCCGUCGCUGUCGACGGCCAGGAGGGAAAUGGCUGUGGACAUUCCCUGCUGGGCACGGAGUCCGGCACGUUGGCCUCUCACAACUACCCGGGCACCUACCCCAGCGACACCUGGUGCAGCUGGAGGCUUCGGGUGCCGGAGGGGCGAACGCUGCGCCUGCUCUUUGGGGAUUUCGACAUUGAGAGCAGUGCGGGCUGCAGCAAUGGCUCCCUUUUGAUAACCGACAAGAGCGGAGAAGCCAGUCUGGGUCCAGUGUGCGGGAAGCUUGAUGCAUCGCGGAAGAACUUGACUCUAAGGAGCAAUGAAGUGACAGUGACGUUCAAGUCGGGCCCGCACCGCUCUGGACGAGGGUUUCUGCUCUCUUAUGCCACAGACCAGCAUCCAGACCUCAUUUCUUGUUUACAACGAGGAUCUCAUUCCAGCUCGCAGCUUUUGAGUGCGUACUGCCCUGCAGGGUGUAAGGACGUCACGGGGGAUGUUUGGGGAAACUCUGAACAGGGUUACAGAGAUACGUCGGUCCUGUGCAAGUCGGCCGUCCACGCCGGAGCUGCAUCUGAUCGUCUGGGAGGUCGUGUCACUGUGCAGCGGGGGAGAAGUCUCACACUUUAUGAAGCUACCUUUGCAAAUGGAAUCCUCUCAAAAACGGGAUCAUUGUCUGAAAAGAAGCUGCUUUUCAACCAAGAUUGCAACAACAUCCUGAAGGUUUCCGGAUUAAAUGCCUCAUCAUUCUGGGAUGAAGACAGCCAAGGGCACACCAUGUCCUCCAGAAACAUUGAUUCCAGCAACGAGUUGUUGGCCUGGGCUGCAGGCGGUGAUGACGUGAACCCGUGGGUGGAGCUGGGUCUGAGUGAUAGAAGCACUAUCACAGGAAUAAUAACAAAGGGCUCAAACGACCACAACAUAGAAUCCUUCAGUGUUUCUUUCAGCAAGGACAGAAAAUCUUGGAAGCUUUACAAAGGGGCUCUCAGCAAAGAAAAAAAGGUGUUCCGUGCCGGUUCCGACGGGCACCUGAGGGUUCUCAAUAGCUUCUUCCCGGCCGUGGUGGCCCGCUUCGUGCGGCUGCAGCCACUGAGCUGGCGAGUCCGAGCUUCAGCUCAGCUGCAAGUCCUGGGCUGUCCCGUCGCCAAGGUGACGCCAAGGACGCGCCCGGCCGCCGAAUCUCCGCCCGUCAAAGUCAACGUGGGAACGCCGCGGCCAAGCCAGUCCCAGACCCCCACCCCGCCCCCCACCGACGGCCCAGUGCUGGUGGACACGAGACUGAGCUCCAGUCAGCCGGUGGUGGUGGCAGUGGGAGUGGUCCUGGGGCUGAUAAUGUGCGGUAGUUGUUUGUUGGCUGGAGUCUGGUGGAAAAGAAGGAAAAAAGAGUCACAAAUGAAGCACUCCUUACCAACAGUCGGUUGUCAGAGCUUCCAGGCCAAGAGUCUCUCGUGCAGACAAUCCGAUGUCAUCUCUUACCCUCUGGAGCGAAACGUCCACGACGCUCUACCAAGCCCUCCUCUUAAUGACUAUGCAGAGCCCGAUGUUGCAGCCAUCGGACAGAAGAUCGGGUCAACAUUCAGACCGUCCUCAGACGAGGGCUACACCACCCCCUUCGCCUUCAACCAUUACGACACCCCUGGCAACCUGCCAGAGUACGCCGAGCCUCUUCCCCCGGAGCCCGAGUACGCCACGCCGUUCAGCGAGCAGCCCUCGGAGUCCGUCCUGCACGCUUUGACGGGGAUUGUUCACAGCAAUUCACAUAUAACAGCGGCGAGCGCUGGAACGAGGACCACAUCUGGCCACGCUCAGUAUGACUGCCCCUCACACAGGAUGCUAUCAAAUGGCUACUGCACUCCGGCCCUGCACGCCAGUGGCCCGAGGCCGGUCAGCGUGGUCUAUGCAGAGCCCAAGUCAUGUGACUCUUUACUACAGAAGCACACGUUUGAGGAGCCUUUGUAAACACGAUGAGACGUGGAGGACAGAAGACAGUACUAAUGCUGACACCGUUGAACCUCCAGUGAGCGAUGUACCCAAAGUCGGUCACUCAGUCACUGGGACCACGGUGCAUAUACGAAGGUUCACAGCUCCGCUGUGCACAAUGAUCUGAGAGCCGUGCGCACACUAACAUUUCCUCCCAGGAAGUAUGUAGAUCAACAGCGAGAGUAUCCUGUGAUGCACACAGACAAUGCAGGUUCAGUUUCCCCUCAGUGAUAAUGUUUAUUAAAAUGUUUAAACACAAGCUGCACUUUCAGGAAAUACAUACAGCAAUGUACGCAGGGUAUUAAACAGGCAAGAGUGGAUGAAAUGUUACAUGUCUUCACGUUGUGUUCACAAUGUAUAUUUCAAAAUGUUGAGUGAAAACAAAUUUCUAAAUGUAACAAAGUGGUCAGGGUUGUUGCUAUUACUUUGUGUAACCACUGGGGGGCUCUGCUGAGCCAUAAACAGGAAUGUUUUGCAAUUAUUUGACUCCUGGUUCAAUUUACUCAGAUAAUUAUCACCCAUUUAUAACAUUCAUAGUAACAAAUAAAAAUGUUUACAUUU